UUUUUUUCUUCAUCACGUCCCGCGUUCCAGUCGUCGAUCCCAUUGCCUUAACGCAGAGUCGCGGCGACGCUGAUUUGCUUGUGUUCAUGCACGUACCCACUAGCAGGAACAGUAGCACAGCAGUCUUCUAGCCUUCAAGCCGCGGUUGACGUCAGUAGGCUGUGGGAUGAGAACCAUUCCGUCGGUUAGAGCUUGUGGGUGCUGAGGCUAUCAUGAGAAUGGCUGGAGUCCCAGGGUAGUCUUCCGUCGUGGUUGUCAUGCCGUCCAAGCCAUCGUUCCCGCAGCCCUCUCCUCUCUUGCUUCCACUGUCUGCUCCCACAAUGGACUCUCACUCCGACGACGUGCAGACGCCAACUCCAGGGAGCAGAUAAUUCAGGUUCGAAAAGAAAACGGAGGUCUGUAGAUGAAGGUAGCACUACCGACGAAGAAGGAGACGUGUCGAAGACGCUGUAUGAAUGCAGGUUCUGUAACAUGCGGUUUGCGAAGUCGCAAGCCCUGGGGGGACACAUGAAUCGACACCGACAAGAAAGAGAAAAGGAGCAAUAUCAGCAUGCACAACAGCUGGUCAGCUCAAUGGCGCAGCAGCAGCAGAUGCCGCGGACGUGGACUUCGAUGGCAGCAGAAUUAAACCCAUUAAGCGCAGGAGUGGCUCUGGCGCGAUUGAGCACGCAACUCACGGCAAAUCCUCGGCCAGACGGAUCCCGAUCCCAAAUCCCACCGCAGAUUAGUUUUAACUCGACGCCGCCACCAAUCAACAUGAGCUCCAGCUCUUCUAUACCUUCGUCCAUGUCCUCCAGUUACUUCUUCCCUUCCAGCUCAUCCUCCAAUAACCUGCAUCAUCUGCAAUGGAAUGUCGAUGAGUUCAACACAACCAUUCCAAGGUCGGGUUCACAGGAAGGUCUCAAUGUGAUGGACUUUUCCUUACAAGGGACCAGCCUGCGUGAUGACUUCCUUUCAGAUGUGCUUCAGUCCCGCCAAGAUGGAGGGUCAUUCAUGGGCUCUCAGUUUAGUAAUAUGCCGCCAUUGAUGUCGCGAGGGUUGUCCAGCGUUGAAACUGGUUCAUUCUACAGCGGGGGCGAAGAAUCUGUCCAAGAAAAGUCAGGAACUGCAGGGUUACAAUUUGACAACAAUCACUCGAGUUUGCAGCAAUCAUCGAUUCGAAUGAACGGCAUGCUACAGCAUUCCACCUGCUCAAGCUCGCCGCUGCAUUCCUCUCUUAUGAACAGCGACAUUCACCACGAUGCGAAGUCGCUAGCAAAUUCCUUCGCCAGGGUCCGCACGUCGGCCCCAGGUCACACAUUUUUGAUGCAGUGCAACGACACAGUCGAGUUCAAUUAACUUCAGCAGGUGGACCGACCCUCCAACACACCCUCAAGCCAGUCUCCCAUGAGCCACACCUUCCUUGUCCCAAAAGGACGCGAGAUUGGUGCCAGGCAGGAGCGUCGGUGCGUCUGCGGCGCAUGCAAGCCAUGCAUGCUGGGAAAAAUUGUCAGGCGACGACCGAUUGUCACCUGCCACUGAACUAAGACACGAGGGUUCGACAGCACUGAUAGAACCUCCUUCACGGACAGUAAUCAGUCGCAGUCGAUGAGCGCAAACAGCCACUUACAAGGCUCCUGAUGGGGAUCACCGCGAGGCCGCGAUCGAGGCAGUAAUCCCCCACUGAUUUCAUCACCGCAACACUGCCAGUCAGUCUUAUAUCCGUGGUCAAUUCCUGCGCUAUUUGACGAUCGCCACCAUGCAGGUGGUAGCCGCAGCGAUCUAGACAGUUAGGGAAUUGGCAGUGGCUCAACUUGAUGAAGUCCAUGACUGAUUCGUCGUGAGCGCCGGAGGAACGUCGUCGCCGUGUCUUCGGUAGCGUGUCUAGAAAUUUCGGUCUGCGUUUUAGUAGAGGAUAGGAUCGCCGGGGAGAUGUUCGAUGCGCUUGUGCACUAGUAGAUUCCCCUGCGUGGGGCAGGCUAUAGCUCGGCUGUGGAUCAGUGGCUGCGUCCGCGGCGUUAGCAAUGGCUCACCCGGUUCGCGCUUUUUUGUAUGAUGGAGUUCAGAAAUUAGGGUUUCGAUUCCUUCCACUUUGUCUUUUCAGCUAUCCAGUGUGAAGGAUCUGGCCUGCAGUUGUUGUUAAUGUUUCAUUUUGUCUCGAGUUACCAUUUCAAUGUGGAUUUCUGAUUUUAGUUCUGACU